AUGAGCCACAGUGACUGUGAUCCUCUACGCCCUGACAAACUCUCUUCAUCUCAAGUCUCCAUACACUCUCUGUCGACAUGGCGCGCGUUGCUCUCUUCUGCUCAGUCUUCAACCCACUUGCCGCACUGCUGCGGCAAUAUCAAAUCUCUCCUCAGCCAGACCCCGUCAAUCCCGGAAUCUGCUCAAGUGAUCGAGGAGCUUGGGAACGGUUCGCUGUUUAUCCAGGGUUAUUCCACCUGGUCUGUCUCGGCGAUAAACGAACAGCCAAACCCGCAUUGUGAGUUACCUCCGAUCAAGCAGACGUUGCCGCGGAAGAUUUAUAUCGGAGAGUCUUGCCCGGGUACUUGCGAUUUGUCCAAUAGCUAUUUCCCCGAAUGGCCAGGUCUUCAGCCUCUAUCAAACACGACUGGCAACUACAUGGCCGUAUUCCUGCUUGGCUGGUCAUACGUUCUCUCUGCACGGUUGAUAGAAGUUCGCCGAAGGACUGCAAAAGACAAGGUUGUCUAUACCGAUAAUAUGGCACCGUCAAGCCACGAUGUUAUUGGUGGGGAGUAUUUCGACUUGGACAUUGGAUGUGAUUGCAUAUCUGCAGUGAGAUGGUGGGCUGCAAUUCUGGCAGGUGGACGGGGCUGGCAGGCUGCUUUCGAGAGAGAACAUGGAACGUACUUCUCACCAUGGGAGUUUCAUCUAACCGACAGUUCUUUCAGGAUACGUCAUGAUACAAACAUGUCAUCCUCCUCUUCCAACCUCGAACCUCCGUCUUCAGCAGAAGCGCAAGAGUAUCUUUUCAAAAUGGCCCGACGGCAUAAUGCUUUCGAUCAAUUGAUUUGCGCCGUAGCUGGUGCUAUGACAUUGCCAACACACAAUAGAUUCGGCGCCUCCGUUACUCUGCCGAAGCCUAUCAUCGGGUCUGGCUCGCGCCAGGACACAGAAGUGCUCUAUUCCGACCAAAUUCCGACACCCGCGGAAAUCCCCCAUUACAUGGCCUUCUCGGGUACAUCAGGUCUACUCGCCUCCUGCUUAUUUGGAAGCUUCUGGGAGCCCGGUAUACCCUGCAACUUAACAAGUGAAUGGCUCAACCCUGCGAUGAAAGAACUCACUUCGACUCUUUUCCAAUCGAAACAGGCCGUUCCUAUCAUCUGGGCCAUGUCUAAACGACGACCGAACGUGGCUUCCCUGUGGCUAGGUGCCACAAUCACUGGUCUUCUGCCCCGAAUAUUAAAGGUCUCUCAGACCUUCUUACCAACAAGUCACCUAGAAGCAGUAGCGUGGACAGGAUCCCCUCAAUCCUUCAUGGACCCUUCCAACCAUCGCUCUAUUAAAACCCGAAGAAAAGGCAGUGCAGUCAUGAUAUCGCGGGGGGACGAAUUUCGUCUCUUAUACCUAACGGAUACCCUAUCGGACGUGCAUGGAAACCCGCCGAUUUGCCCUUAUCCUCCAUUCGGGGAAGUAGAUCUCCAACAAACUUCACUCCAAGUCAGACUGCAUUUCUCUUGCAACCAUAGGCUGGUCUAUCGUUCUUGGGAAUGGCAGUGCCGAAAUGGACAAUCGCUAAGCGAUUUUGGAAUGCCGAUCGAUUCACGGCCCCCCAGAACAGCGUCCAAGCUCAGCUUGUUGCCAUCGAUCUGGACACUUAGGACCAUCGUGACUAAGAUAUUAUUGUCCGUUUGCGCCUGGAUGCAAAUCGCCCUUUCAAUCGCUGCUUCCAUGCCAUGGUCAAGCUUCCGACCGUCAAAACAAGAGAAUUUCAAUGACCGGCUUUCUGCGCUGGCUACGCGGAACUUGUUCUCAUGGACUUUUUUCACACAAGGGAUACGGACGGAGGAAAGAUCACUCUUCAAACACGAAUGGCUGGAGAUGCUGGUCACUAGGGAUACUGGUGCGGAUUGUAGUCAAUUCAGCUCGUCUGGGGUUGAAGAUGAAGCGAAACACCUAGACUUCGAGGAUAUUAGAAGGUGGCAGGAGAAUGUCUCUGCAGAAACAGUAUCGGGCUGA